AAAAUCAUUUGUCAACAUGGCGGCUGCGGUGAGUGAAUUUGAGCCGUGGUUGAUUGAUAAAUUAAAAUCAUUAAAAACUGACGAAGGCGUAUUUGGAUCAUAUAUAUCCGGUAUUCUAGAAAGCGAAGAAUCUAUUGAUGAGAAGAAAGAUGCUUUAGAAGGCAUACUAUCUGAGAUUGUGGAGAGAGAUAUAUCAGCUCACGUUGAUGAAAUAAUAGAUAAGUGGGAGCUCUGUAAACCUAAAGAGGAAAUUCGAAAAUCUAUACAAGAUGUAGAUAUUCAAUUGAAUAAGUUGUUAGAAUCUCAAUCAUUAGCGACUACUAGUCGACGGGAGUAUACUGACGAAGAAAAAAAAAUAAGAGAAGUAAUAUUAUCUCAGUAUAGUGAGCUCUCUGAUAACGAGGAAAAUCAAGAUAAAGAAGAGGUAUCAGAAUGUCAAGAUUUAAUAAAAAAUACAAAUGCACUAGACGUAGCUGCAGCAGCCCGUGAGCGUAGAGAACAGGGCCGACUGGAGGCCCAACGCAAGAAAGAGAAAGAUAAGGAAGACAGAGAAAAGCAAAAAGCAUUAAAAGAAGAGAAAAAAGAGAAGCGUAAAACACAAAAGGGAGAAAGAAAGAGGUAGCACUCUUAAAUCUGGAAGCCAAAUAAGCUAGCUUUGAGCUUGCAUUUAUUAUAAUCUAAAUUGUCCAUAAAAGUAGUCCUAACUACAUUAUAUUGGUCUUGAAUUUUGGAGAUAUUUUAUUUAAAUUUUAAAUUUAUUUUCAGUAUAAAGUAGCACAAUAUUCUUAUACUGUAGCAUGUACUUGUAUAUGUAAAAUAAUUUAAUGACAAAUAAAAACCAUCUCCAAGAUUUUAUUGUAAUAAAAUAAUUUUAAAUGUAUUUAACAUAUUAAGUGAUAGUUAUUUGUAUCUGUAAACAUUGUAUUGCUUUAAACAAAUGUUAUGGAAAAAUUUUGUUGUAAACAAUGCAGAUGAUGUUGUGUUAGUGUCAGUUUAUUGCAUUUUAAUUCAAAUAAAACCCCUGUAUUAUUAUAAUAUAAUAAAAAUGUAUUGAAACAG